CGUUCACUUGAUUGUAGUUUUCCAACGUUUACAGCACUGAAAGUAUUUUGUAGCAAAAAUCUUUUAACAGUGGCGUUAAAAAAACAUAAAGUCAUUUUCAUAAUAUGCUUCGGUCUAACAUGCCAAAAUCUGAUGAUUCCGAUUCGGACUUGUCUAUUGCUUUUGGACUUGAUGGUGUACCGCGCUGCUCCACGACUCGCAAGCAACAGAAGCACUUAGAGGAAUCACAGAAUGCAGACGGAAUCAAUGAGAACGAAGAGGAAGACGUUGCUGAUGCCUGUCCAGCAAAUUCUUCAAUAAGAAACGUACUUUUACCAACGUUGCCGUGUCCACAAGAACUAACGUUUCCCCUAGAAUCAGAGUGCCUAGUAGAACCAGCGUGUCCAACAGAACCAGCAUGUGAACCAGAGUGUCCACUUGAACCAACAUGUUCAAAACGCCGCAAGCAAUCAAAUCCUUUCAGACGAGCGCAAAAGUUCAAACGUGAAGUUCGCCUGCUGCAGCGUACGCCUAAUUUUAUGAUUCCACGCAUAUCCUUUGGCCGGGUGGUUCGUGAGAUUAUGAUGGAGAAGUGUGAAUGUGAGCCGCAUUUUCGCAUCACAAUGGGCGCCUUGGAGGCACUACAAACGGCGACAGAGAUGUUCUUGACGCAACGCUUCCAAGACUCAUAUAUGAUGACCAUGCACCGCCAGCGGGUCACCCUGGAGCUGCGUGACAUGGCCCUUAUGGCAUUCAUAUGUAAGCAGCACGGGCUGCUUUAAACCGCAAGUCAAAUGAUAUAUCAUCAUAAUAUUGAUCUCCUUAUAUG